UUCACUCUCUCUUUCUCAUAGUUCGAUCAUCAUCAAAUCACAAUCAAUGGCUCCGACGAAGGCCGAGAAGAAGCCGGUGGCGGAGAAGUCCCCGGCGGCGGAGAAGAAACCGAAGGCGGAGAAGAAGAUCCCCAAGGAAGGCGGCGUGGAGAUGAAGAAGAAGAAGAAGGUAAAGAAGAGCACGGAGACCUAUAAGAUCUACAUCUUCAAGGUUCUGAAGCAGGUUCAUCCGGACAUUGGUAUCUCCAGCAAGGCCAUGGGGAUCAUGAAUAGUUUUAUCAAUGAUAUUUUUGAGAAGCUGGCGCAGGAGGCCUCGAGGUUGGCCAGGUACAACAAGAAGCCGACCAUUACGUCGAGGGAGAUCCAGACUGCUGUUAGGUUGGUGUUGCCUGGAGAGCUGGCCAAGCAUGCAGUUUCGGAGGGAACCAAGGCGGUCACCAAGUUUACAAGCUGUUAGAUUAUUUUUUGUUUUUGUUGUUGUUGUUUGGUGUUUGGAUUUGGUAGAGUGGAUGACAUCGAGAUUUCUGGAUUUGGUGCAGGAUGGAGUUUUUGAGUUUGUAUGUUUUGUAGAUUGGGAUUGACAUCCGGAAACACAAUGGAAUAGAAUCGUUUGGGUUGUGGUUUUUGGGAUGUUGUUUGGUGCAACUGGGAUUAUGAUGCGUGCAAUAAAUUGAUAAAAAAAAUAAUUGGUUCUGAUUAA